CCGCGAUCAACCGCGCGGGGACAGCUCGUGCGUGUCUCUCUGGUCCGCGCGCGCGCGCGCUCUUCUCGCGCCGAGCCUUUCGCCGGGCGAGAAUCGAGACCGCUUUUGACAACGGGACCACACGGGACACCGGUUUACAAAUCGUCCGCGAGCUGGACGAUCGCGAGACGAUCGGGAGGUUCCUCUGAUCCGGAUCGCGGGUCGACGGUGCGCGGAGAAUUCGAAGACAAGCGAAGACAAUCGCGAGAACGGUUCGCGAGAGACGAUCGUGUCUUCUUCCGCGAGGCCUCCGCCGCGAAUUAGCAUACUCGCCGAGGCGCCUAAGUAGGCGCGAUACUUCGCAAAAGAGGCGACUUUCGGCAAAAGACGAUUCACCGAAGAGCGUAGAAUCGCGGCGCUUGGCGAUCGGCGGCACCCAGGGAUCCGCGGCGCCCCGCGAAAUCGACCGAGGGCGCGAGUUGUCGCGGAAAAGCCAGCCGCGCGAGCGUGCGAGCAGCGGAUCGGAUGGAAAGCGAGCCAGCUCGCGUUUUAAUAUCGAAACCGCGACGGUGGAACGACGAAGGAGCGUGCGGUGUGUGUCCGGCCCGCCGGUGAAAUCGAAGAUGCGGCGAAAGCUCGAUACGAAGUUCAAAGGAUAGCAAAAGACCGGUGUGUGCGCCGCACGGUUUGCCUCCUAGCCGCACGGCUCGCUGGCCGGGUCUCUCUCUUUCUCUAUCGAGCGUUUUGCUCUCGCGUUACAACCCGUGGAAAGUCAAAGUGAGGGAAGGGAAGGACACAAGAGGUGGCCCCGCGUCGCGACUUUCACGCCGUCCUCGCUGUUUCUGCUCGAUCGCGUUGCGAGCGUAAUCGCGGCCCGUUGCGCGAGUCUCUCCGCGAGUCUCCGGGCGCCAGCCGAGAGGAACGAGACGCUUUUCUGUGCCGCUUCUCGUGGAAACGCGAGCGAGCUCUCUGCGUUCGAACAUCGAGCAUUCGCGCGGAUCCGCGAAAAUCGAGGCGCGGCGACCGGGAUAUAUAAUCGAGUUCGCGCGGAUCGGACCGGCCGGGAAGAGUGCGCGACGGCUCCCAGACGGGCCCAGGGGUCCCAAUGUCGGGGCCAGGCACGGCCGAGGACCGCUCCGGGACCGAAUCGUCCGGGAAUCGGCGAGCAGCGGCCUCCGCUGAUGAACGAGAGCUACAUUUUUCGGGAGAAAUCGAGACGAGCCGCCCGCUCCGACUCGCCUGGCCCCGCUUCGCCGAAAUUCUGCUUCCCGAGGGGCCCGAAAGGACGAAGUCCGAUAACGAGCCGCGCUCGCAGAGAAUCGGCGAGAUCGAGGAAUAAAGCCGCAGCGUUUUUCCUUGUCGAUCAAAGUCGAGCGACGUCGUUUCGAAGCGGAGAACGCGAAAAGGGGCCGAGAAGAAGAUCGAAGGGAGAAAAGGAAAUGGACGGUCUUGCGACGACGGAAGCGGCCGGUUCGCCGCGGAAAAUGGCUCAAGGACCGCGGCCGUCGGUCCGCCGAUUACUAUAUUGAUAUGAUAAUUCCGGUGAUUAUAUUCGCGGCUCGUGCGUCACGGUGGCUCCGAGCGUCGUCGCAGCGCUCUCGGCUCGCGUCAAUUCAGCGGCCGUCCGACGCGAGCAAAUCCAAUUAGUCGACGGCCGAACGCCGCGGAAUUGCGCCGACCAGUGCCGCGGAGCGGUCGCCGAUCGUCGUCGUCGUCCUCAUCGUCGACGAUCGUCGUCGUCGUCGUCGGUCGCCGCGGGACUACUUUUCCGAAACGGUUAACGGUGAUCGCCGAGCGAGUUUCGCAGUGAUUUUCUGGUGCGCGAAGUGUCCUGUGUCGGGGAAGGUCUGGUCGGAGACCUUGCCACGGUCUUUAGGGAGUUUCCCGAAGGUCCGCCGGGUACAGAAAUGUACCGCGCGUAGUCCGGACAUCGCAUCGGACAUCGGCCGCCGAGAAACGUUCAACGUAAACAUUGAAACGCCGGAGGGAUGUGUGCGCGCCGGAGGGAUGAAAAUGAGCAGCCGCGGUCGAGGGGUCGCGUGUGAACAUAGCAGUAGUGUGAUCGCGAUAGUUACGCGAUCGGUUCGAUGAACAGUGAAAGUUUCGAUGUUCACGAUGAUCGAGCCGAGGAACGAUCGGGUGCCUGCCGGCCAGAGCAAGCACCAUUGUUACCAAGUGAUAAGGACGACGAGGGUGCACCAGAGUUCGCGGAGCUCCAGGAUGGUCACCGUUCAAGAGAAGGUCAUCAGGUCCCGACUGCAGUUGGGCUACUCGACGCCCACGAACUUCAUCAAUCGCUUCCCGACGAAGAUGGAGAGGCCGUCGCAGCACGGCUCGAACCCGAGCCAGGUGCACACCGCCGGCAUGCACGGCGUGUACUCGUCCGGCAGUCAAACGUCUCUGACGACGUCCUACAUCACCGGCCAGUCGUACAUACAGAGCCAGAAUUACGGCCACGGCCCGUACUCGUCCGCCUCGAACGUGCGCGUCUACUCGCACGCCGGCUACAAUCAGCCGCAGAGCUACGGGACCAUGGUGCAGGGAUACGGUGGCCAGCCUCAGCAGGCCUACCAACAGAAUCACCUGAAGAAGGGAGCCGCGAGGAACGGCGACGUGCUGAAGAGGUGCCGCCUGCAGACCGCGUACGAGCUGUCGCAGGACCUGUUGGACAAGCAGAUCGAGAUGCUGGAGAGGAAGUACGGGGGCGUGAAGGCGCGGAACGCGGCGCUGACGAUCCAGCGGGCGUUCCGCAGGUACACGUUGCUGAAGAAGUUCGCGGCGAUCACGGCGAUGGCCAAGGCGGAGAAGAGGCUCAGCCGGAAGCUGCAGGAGACGACGGACCGGGGCUCGACGGUGAACGAGCACGAGCACGAGAGGAUGGUCUACCACAGCCAGAUCUACAUCCAGCAGCCGCAGACGGCGAACAGGCCGAUGCCGAUCAGGAGCAUGUCCCUCAGGGAGAGGAGGCACGUGGAGAACUCCCAGUCGCCAAUCCCGAGGAGCCAGAGCGGCAGGUGCGAGGUACAGAUUGCCGGUCAUCAGCACGUGAACCAUAAUAUUCAUCAGACCGGCAGGCACACGCCUUCUCUCGCGCCAAGCCCGUGCAACAGACAUCAACAGUUGCCUCCGAGCCCGUGCUGGGAGUCCAGCUCGCAGGAAAGCGGCUCCAGCAUCCACUACUAUAAUCCCCAGGAAGCGCUCUGCGGUCUCAGGCAGGAGACGCCCCCGCGGGAUCUGCUGCGGACCCCGUGCACGUCCCCGUCCACUCCCCACAACCUCCAGACCCUUCAGACCUUGCAGACCCUGCAGAUCCCGGGGUCGCAGAACUGGAGCUCCUCGUCGCACCUGGGCUCCACCGGCAGGUCCAGAGGCUCGGCGAAAAAGGUGCCGCCGGAAGUGCCGAAGAGAACGUCUUCCAUCACCUCGAGGUCGAUGGAGCCCCGCCACAACGGGCUCAGUAAAAGCGUCGAGAACGGCAGCCUGAGCUCGGUGCAGAGCUCCGGCAGCGAUUCCACCAACUGCGAGAGCUCCGAGGGCGAUGCCCAGAGAGGCUCGCCGGUCUGGAAGCACAAAGGAAUAUCGAGUUCCCCGGAGCACCAAGACUGCGCCAGCCACGCGACCGACUCCUCCGCCAUGAUGAACAGCGUGAAGGACCUCGGUCAUUCGCACGCGAGCUCCGGCUACCAGCUUCCCAUGAUGGACCACUCGGAGAACAUGCCGCAGACCAGCUAUAAGGUGUCCGAGACGGUCAGGAAGCGUCAGUACAGAGUCGGCCUAAAUCUGUUCAACAAGAAGCCGGAGAGGGGCAUCAGCUACCUGAUCAGAAGAGGCUUCCUGGAGAACAGUCCGCAAGGGGUCGCCAGAUUCCUGAUCAGCAGGAAAGGCUUGUCCAAGCAGAUGAUCGGGGAGUACCUUGGCAACCUGCAGAACACCUUCAACAUGGCUGUGCUAGAGUGCUUCUCCCACGAGCUCGACCUCUCCGGCAUGCAGGUGGACGUCGCCCUGAGGAAGUUCCAGGCGUACUUCAGAAUGCCCGGCGAGGCCCAGAAGAUAGAACGGCUGAUGGAGGUGUUCAGCCAACGGUACUGUCAAUGCAACCACGACGUGGUGACCAGAUUACGGUCGCCCGACACCGUGUUCGUCCUGGCGUUCGCCAUCAUCAUGCUGAACACCGAUCUGCACACGCCGAACUUGAAGCCGGAGCGUAGAAUGAGAUUGGAGGACUUCGUGAAGAACCUGAGGGGCAUCGACGACUGCGGCGACAUCGACAAGGACAUCCUGGUGGGCAUAUACGAGCGGGUCAAGGAGAACGAGUUCAAGCCCGGCUCGGACCACGUGUCGCAGGUGAUGAAGGUCCAGGCGACGAUCGUCGGCAAGAAGCCGAACAUGGCUCUGCCCCACAGACGACUGGUCUGCUACUGCAGACUCUACGAGAUACCGGACAUCCACAAGAAAGAGAGGCCCGGCGUGCACCAAAGAGAGGUGUUCCUCUUCAACGACCUACUGGUCGUCACGAAAAUCCUCAGCAAGAAGAAGAACAGCGUCACCUACACGUUCAGACAGAGCUUCCCUCUUUGCGGAAUGGUGGUCACGUUGUUCGAAGUUCCUCAUUAUCCGUACGGAAUUAGGCUCUCCCAGCGCGUCGAUGGCAAAGUACUGGUCACGUUCAACGCGAGGAACGAGCACGACAGAUGCAAGUUCGUCGAGGACCUCAGGGAAUCCAUCAGCGAGAUGGACGAAAUGGAGACUUUACGGAUUGAGACGGAACUGGAGCGACAGAAGAGCAGCAGAAGCACCAGGGGCGGCGCCGAGAACAGAGACUCCGGCGUGGCGGACGUCGAGAUCUGUCCUUGCCCGGGGCCUUGCUCGGACAGAUCCGAGGCAAUCGAUAUGGACUCCCAGUUGAAACGCUCCGCGCUUAGCAAUUCCCUUCUUGACAUACACGAACAAUUCGCUGGUGAAAAACCGCAACGCCGUGGAAGCGUGGGCUCGCUGGAUAGCGGUAUGUCGAUUUCUUUUCAAUCUACGUCUGCCAGCUCGAUGAGCCAGGGCAUUAAGCAUCCUGGACAAGUCCACCCUAUACAUCCAGGAUCUACUAUACCUGGCGGUGCUAAGGGACUGGCUCAGCAGCCAUCUUUUUUAGGGGGUCUGUUUGCCAAACGGGAGCGAAAGCUAUCGCAAUCGGAAGAAUCCGGGCCCUACAGCCGCACCACGGAAGUAUAAUGUAUCAUUCCGGUGGUGGCUAGACGGACGGAUCUCUCUCGGUGUACGCUCGAUUUCCUUCUAGUACGUUCGACGGGGUCCCCUCGCAGAUUUUUCCAUACGCGGCGCACCCCGCUGUAUGUAAAUAACGCGCCGAGCCGCUUCGAGACUGUACUAGUCAGAAGGAAGGAAGGAAGAACGGAUGGACCGACGGAAGAGAGAGAGCGAGGAACGAAGAGAGAGGAACUUAACGAUCCAGCGUUUUACAGAUUUCACGCGAAAUUAUGUUUUAUACCCUGUGGACGCGCGACACUGCGGCGCGUACAUAUUGAGAACCCUUUUCGUCCAACUUUUAUCCUCGAGUUCCGAGUGAAAUUCAUUCGACCGCGGCAAAACGCGUGUCGCGCCUCCACACGUUAUAAAAUAUCCUGUUGCCUGUACCCGCGAGAUUGAAUUCGACUGCAUGUUCUAUCGAGUCUCGCGGCCGGUUGCUGAGGCUCGACAUUCGAUGAAGAUAUGAACGUGUUGUACAUACAAAAAAUAUAUCCAAUUAAAUCGCGCAGUGUAUCUCCGUAGAAAUUUCUUUAUAUGUCUUCAUCGUAAUUCUAGACCGUAUCCGAGCUCUCGUUACAGCGACGCGUAAAUAUAAAAUACAUAACGUUAGAAGAACUCGCAGCUGGAAGCACAAUUUCUUUAAAGGGGUCAAGUUACCGGUAGUACACCUUACGUGUUUAAUAUACAUACAUAUUGUUACACCUGACGUGCGCGCGGACCGCGGAGACCGGCUAACGGGUGAUUUUUAAAUAAAUUGCUCUCGAACGCGACGAACAACAGCGGCGAACCGGUGGUGGCCGGUUUAGUUGUUGUAACUAGCACCGUCGAUUCGGCGCCGUUUAUUUAAAGAUACGUCGCGCGUCUGUCUCCGACACGAGCCCAGAGAAUUCUCGGUGAUCGUGGUCGAAAGAUGAUCCAGGAUCGUCCCGAAGCGGCGAGGAGAAAGAAGACGAGUUACCCAGCGAGAGAGAGACUAAUACGGUAGCGAUCGAAGCGACGUCCCUGUUUACCGGAGAAAUCGGGGCGAAUACCGAACAACACGCAUACACACACGUACACACAGACAUACACCAGUAUUUUGCUGGAUCAAAGCGUAGCAUUUCCUCUGUAGCGUCGCGCUUCUAUCGUCAGCGAUCCCGUAGGCGCGGCAACGUGGGCAGCCGUACAAAAAAAAAUAUUGUAGUAUGCUUCUGCAUGCGUGUUGGAUUCACGAUCGGUCAACGGGUUCAGAACAAUUAAACGCAGCUGAUCGUUCGAUGUAAAUUUAUUGGAUUGGGCAGGAUCCAAUCGUGGUCACUUUAUACUACGGAGGAGCGAAGAAAAGAGAAUGUGUGCGUGAAAGCGAGAGAGCGAGAGAGAGAGAGAGAGAGAGAGAGAGAGAGAGAGAUUCGACGAGAUUCAGUGGGGCGGCUUCCCACUGGCGUGUGUAUAGUUAUUUAUUCAUCCAAAAAGAUCGAGAUCGAUCGGUUCUUUCGUACGAUAUUUAUAAUUUUUCCGGUACGCAUAGAUAAUUUCAUUCGGAACGCCGAGUUCCACGGCGAUUUUCGAAGGGCGAAACAAACCUGUCGCGAGUGUUCUCGGCAAAAGUUAUAUACUUAACGAACGAUUGUACAUAAUAGACGUAUACAUAUAUACAUAUACAUAUAUAUAUAUACAUAAUAUACAUAUUAUAUGUAAGGAAUGAUUGUAAUGAUUCUAACGACGACGACGACGAUUGUAACAAAAAAUGUACCGUAGCCUAAGGAACCAAUAAGCAAUCCCUCUCAGUGUUAGGUGCAUGUCGAUGUCUAACGAGUUUUUAAUAUCAAACGUACACACGCAUAGAGAUACUAACAUACACUCACACACGAAUGCGCGCACUCGUACAGCGGCGUUAAAGUUUUCUGGGCGUAGCAGCGUCGGCACGCGGCGUUUUUAGCAUUUAGGGAGCGGAACGAGCGAUGAAAAAGGAGACGCCGGUUUUCCUCGGUUGUGUUGUUAAAUGAUUCGCAAGCCUCCGCAAGAGUAAUUCCGCUCGCGCUCUAUCAACCUUUUGGCCAGCGUCCUCUACGAAACGAGAAGCGCGCAUUGUUGUCUCUGUAACGUCGCGUCGCGGACGGCGCCAGCGCCAGCCCGCCCGGCGAGACGUUACGGAGGGAAUUGAACGUUGAGGAAGAAUAAGAAAAAUGCGACGAGUCGAUCGGUUUCUCAUCGCGUGCCACGUAUAAAAACAACUAUGGAGAUCGCGUUAGCAACAGCGUCGGGGGGGUCGAUGCGCGGCCCCGCGCGCGGGCUUUCGAGAGGAACAGGAAUAACUUGUAUGCCUUAAUUACUGCCACAACUCAUCCGACAAAGAGGAACCGAUCGCGACGCCUUUCAAUCAGCGCGGAGAGACGACCUUGCGCCGCGGAAUCGCAGAAUCACGCGGAGAACGGAACAUUGUAUAUAUUAUACAUACAUAUACAUAUACAUAUAUACAUAUAUAUAUAUAAUAUUAAACCAGCGCUCGCAAUAUCGGAUAACGAUGAUUCAAAAAA